UUGGGGCUCCGUCGUAGGAGGGGUAGUGACCAGGGCCAAGGACAGGUCCAGCACAGUCGGAUGGCAGUGUCAGACUCCCAGCUCUACAGGGAGCUGGCCCAGUCCUCAGGUGGCCAAGCCAUACAGGUCACCAAGACAGAACUGCCCAAGGCCACCAGCAUCAUUGUGGAAUCCUCCAGCUCUUCAUUGGUGACCAUUCUACAGGCUGUGCGGAGUACAGGAAGGGCUGAUAAUUUCUCCUUCACUGUAGAUGAGUCUGUGAGAAAUCUGACUGCUUAUGUCACAGGAAGCUCCCUCUCCUUCACGCUCACCAGCCCCUCAGGUGUGUCCCAGAGUAGUGGGGAGGUAAAUGGGUCUCUGGCAACCAUAAAAACCGUGGGGAACUUCCUCACACUGGGACUGGACAGCCAAGCGGGAUUAUGGGAAAUCCGUGUGUCGUCAACUGUGCCCUACUCACUGAAGGUCGUAGGUCAGAGCGCCAUCGACUUCCUGUUUGACUUUGUGGAGGUGUCCCAGGGACCUCAUCCAGCCUUCGCUGUUUUAGAGUCCCGUCCUCAAGCUGGUGGUAAUGCCACCCUGCUGGUGUCAGUGACGGGGAGUGACUCUGUGAGUCUGACAGAGGUGGCGCUGGUUGAGGCCUCGGGGUCAGGAGAGGUCAAUGGAACCUUGGAAUCAGUCGGCGGCGGGGACUUCCUGGUUACCAUGGACAGAAUCCCGGCGGGGGAAUUUGUUGUGCGUCUGAGAGGAGAGAACAGCGCCACCACUAGGGCAUUACCAGACAGCUUCCAGAGACAGUCCUCCACCCGCCUCAGAGCCUCCACUGUUAUGGUGAUGGCUGAGGCAGAAAGUGACCUGGAGCCUGGAACACCCUUUUCAGUUCUGUUCACUGUGACAACCAACGGGACAGGCGGAUCCUUCACCAUCCGGGCCACAAACGACCGGGGGUUCCCCUCCUCUUCCCCUACAGACCUGACGCUAGUGACCGGGGUCAGUGCCAAUGGUACAGUGACUCUCACGGCACCCGCCAACACCGCGUCGGGCACGGACGUCACCCUGACUAUCGAGGCUGAGUCUCCCGGGGCCACCGACACUAACUAUGCUGUUCUGCGCCUCACAGUCGUUUCACCGGUGACAGAUGUCAGCCGUCCGGUGUGCGAUGUGGUCAGCGUAACAGCUAAUUGUUCUGACGACUGCAGCCUUUCCGUGUGGGAGCUCUCUGCCAACCUGACGGACGGCAAUGGGACGGGCAUCGAGCACGUCACUCUGCGCCAGGGCAACGGAACCCUCAACACCACCACGGUGAAGGGCGCUGGGAAUUGGACCGUGAUUCUGGCAGCCUACAGCGCCUCCUGCUGUUCCCCGGAGGUAGAGCUGGUGGCGGUGGACGGCGCGGGGAAUGUGGGAACCUGUUUCAGGUCCAUCAGAGUCACAGUGGAUACCACUGUCCAGCCACCAGUCACCAAUGCUACCACUAAGAACAGCAUCACUGUGACUACAGCUAAAGUUGCCACCGCCGCCGCCACCACCACCACCACCGCCGCCGCCGCCACCGCCGCCACCGCCGCCGCCGCCGCGAGCAGCAGCCAUCCUCUGUCCCUCUACUCGUAUCUCUGUUUCAUCAUGUUGGUCUCUGUCACACUCGUUUUGAGCCUCUAGUGUCACGGUGUGACUUCUGGUCUUGAAAGAUGUUUAAUCAUAUUCAAUAGAUUCUCUGUUAUAAUACUGUCUGGUAACUUUCCAUUAUUGUGUCAAUUCUAAUAAUAAAUGCCAUUUAGCAGACGUGUUUAGCACAAGUGUCUUACAGUAAUGCAUGCAUACAUUUUAUGUAAAGGCGGUCCUGGGAAUUAAACCCACUAUCCUGGUGUUGCAAGCGCCAUGCUCUACCAACUGAGCUACUGAGGUCUAAGGCCAUGCGGCUUUGUGUCUCUUUUCGAUGGACCUCGUGUCAUCUGUGCUGAGUGUACCAAAACAAAGUGCCAAGGCAGUCUCUAAAAGACAUCCUGCAGGGACGGAGGCUGGGAUGAAAAAACACAAUAAUAAUAAUAAUAUAGGACAAAACACAGAUCACGACAAGACAAACAACACUACAUGAAGAGAGACCUAAAGACAACAACAUGGCAAGGCAGCAACACAUGACAACACAACAUGGUAGCAACACAACAUGGUAGCAGCACAACAUGGUAGCAGCACAACAUGGUAGCAGAGCAAAGGGCAAGAAGUUAGAGACAACAAUUCCUCAGGCAAAGCUGCUACAAGUGCCAGUAAGAGUGUCCAUGAUUGAGUCUUUGAAUGAAGAGAUUGAGAUAAAACUGUCCAGUUUGAGUGUUUGUUUGUUUGUCGUUCUAGCUGCAGCGAAAUGCAUAUGGUAUUGAUAAGUA